GAGGCAAUUUAUUUAAGUAAACAUCCAGUAGGGCUGUCCUUGGUGACGCUUUCGCUUGUAAGAUAGAAGAAAAGCGCCAAAAAGCCCAGUCGAGCGGCUUCCACUGCAAUCGAAUGCAAGACUACGAAAACCCGAUUAUCCAUUCGUCAUUCCUAGUUAGAAGCCAAGCAUUUAAUUACCUACGGUACAGUUGUCAGUAUGUAGGUAGGUAUUUCCAGUGUGUCUACUGUCACUACGAGUCCGCCACCUGAGUCAUUAAGAUGACUUUACUUAUUGCACUGCUAGCUGAUGUUACGUCGGCUACAGCACCUAGGUGCGGUGUCGAAAGCCACGCAGCCAUAUUGCUCAGUCAGUACGAUAAAUACACUCACUCAAAGGUAACGGCGUACAACAUUUUACAAGUAUAAGAUGUUGCCAAGCACCUUUCUAGACAUUUCCCCUUUUUCAUUUCAGGAAACCUUUCAUCUCCUUGUCAGAUUCGUGAUAUCCUAAUCAGCUUGUCAAAUCACUACACCGUAACAGAUAGUAUAUUUACUGCAUAGACACACAUAAUCGCUCCCCGUCGUAGAUUCACUGGAAAACUACCUACCAAGUCAGAUAUGGGGAAGAAACGAGAUAGAUGGUACGAGCGACAAAUAGAAGCAUCUCGCCAAGCCAAAGCGGAGGCCGGUAAGCCUCUCUCGGAGAAGACUACCAGGUCCGAAGCGACGCAGGUUCCUUUCGUAGAGAGGAAGGGAGAGAAGCGUAGAGAGCUGACGGAGGAAGAGAAGGUGGAGAGGGAAAGAGCGAGGAUAUGGAUUAGGGAAAAGGAGGAGGAGUGGGAGCGGGAAUGGGAGAGGGAGAAAAUGGCAAGGGAAAGACGGAGGGAGAAGGGGAAGAUGAGGGAGGGGGAGCGGGAGGAUGGUUUUGGUUUUAGGGAUUUCGUGAGGCCGGAUUUUGUUAGGAUGUGGGAGGAGAAGAAAAUGCUGGAGGGGUUGAGGGCGGCUGAGGGGAAGGAUGAGAGGUUGGGGUUGAGUAUUAGGGCGUUGGUUGAGGCGGGCAAGAUUGAGCCGCCGGGGCCGUUGGAUGUGAUGGAUAGGGAGUUGCUUGGUCGUGAGUCGGACGGGUUGGACGAGCUGUUUGCAUCGCAGGUUGAUAGGGAUGAUGUAGAAGAGGGCGAAGUGGUGGAAGAGGUGAGAAAGGGGUAGUAGUUCUAUUGUACAGCCUGUAUCAUCAAAGAGGACAUACCCGUUUUGUCUUUCUCCAUAUCAGAAGAAGAAUUGUAUUUGGAGUAGAAUUUGAUGAAGUAGUAGGU